UCCACCUCACAUAGCUUCAUCCCAUUUAUCCACAACAACAAAAAGUGUCAAAAACAGAGUUUUGUAGCAAAAUGGUAGUUGCAGAACAAACCACCAAUGGUGUCCUUAGUUUCACCUACAAACUUCUCAUAGGUCGUUGGUUCAUGUUAUAUGCAUCUUCACUAAUUAUGUCGGUGGCAGGUGCAACCUAUAUGUUUGGUCUAUACUCAAACCAAAUCAAAACAUCUUUGUCCUAUGACCAAGAAACACUUAACCUUCUUAGUUUCUUCAAAGAUCUUGGCGCCAAUGUCGGCGUUAUAUCCGGUUUAAUCAACGAAAUAACGCCGCCUUGGGUCGUUCUUUUAACCGGUACCAUCAUGAAUUUCUUUGGUUACUUCAUGAUAUGGCUUUCUGUUACAAAAAAAAUUCCCACACCAAAAGUGUGGCAAAUGUGUCUUUAUAUUUGUUUUGGUGCAAAUUCUCAAACUUAUACUAACACUGGUGCUUUAGUUACUUGUGUUAAGAAUUUUCCUAAUAGUCGUGGUAGUGUUUUAGGACUUUUAAAAGGUUAUGUUGGAUUAAGUGGUGCUAUAAUUACACAAAUUUAUCAUAGUUUAUAUUAUAAUAAUGAUAAUAAUAAUACUCAAUCUCUUAUUUUGCUUAUUGCUUGGCUUCCUGCAGCUGUUUCUUUUAUUUUUCUUCCAACUAUUAGAAUUUUGAAAUUGGAAAAUAUAUUUCAACAAAAAAAAGAAACAAAAGUUUUUUAUAAUUUUCUUUUUAUUUCACUUGGUCUAGCUUUUUUUCUCAUGGUUUUGAUAAUUGUUCAAAAUAAGUUCACUUUUUCAAGGAUUGAGUAUAUAAGUGAUGGAGUUGGUGUAAUUUUUUUACUCCUUCUUCCACUUGUUGUGGUAUUUAGAGAAGAAUUAAAAUUCAACAACUUUUCGAAGGAUAAUUCAGUUUCUGAGUUGAAAGUAGUUACUGAUGUCCCACUUCAGAAUGUGUCAUCACACGAAAAUGAAGCGGAAGUAUCAGCAACUAAUGUGAAUUCGGAGAAGCAAAUUUCUUGUUUGAGGACAAUAUUCAAACCUCCGAAUAGAGGUGAAGACUACACAAUUUUGCAAGCUUUGUUUAGUAUUGACAUGUUAAUUCUUUUCGUAGCAACAACUUUUGGCGUUGGUGGAACAUUAACUGCGAUUGAUAAUUUGGGACAAAUCGGUCAUUCGUUAGGAUAUCCGAAUAAAAGUACUACAACUUUCGUGUCACUAGUGAGUAUAUGGAACUAUCUAGGACGAGUUGCAUCGGGUUAUAUAUCGGAGAUCUUAUUAACUAAAUACAAAAUCCCUCGUCCGUAUCUACUCACUUUCAUUAUGUUUUUCUCUUGUGUUGGUCAUAUUCUAAUCGCUCUUGGUAUCUCAAACUCUCUUUAUAUCGCUUCAGUGGUUAUUGGAUUUUGUUUUGGAGCUCAAUGGCCGUUGAUGUUCGCGAUCAUUUCGGAGAUUUUUGGAUUGAAAUAUUACUCAACUUUGUACAAUUUUGGAGCAGUGGCAAGUCCUGUGGGAUCUUAUAUAUUUAAUGUGAGAGUGGCUGGUUAUUUAUAUGACAAAGAAGCUUUGAAACAAUUAAAGGCUAAGGGACUAAAGAGACAAAAAGGGGAGGACUUAACUUGUGUUGGAGUAGAGUGUUAUAGGUUGGCUUUUAUUAUAAUUACAGCAUCAACUUUAAUUGGAUGUUUUGUUUCUUUUAUUUUAGUGCUUAGGACUAGAAAAUUUUAUAAAGGGGAUAUAUAUGGAAAGUAUAGGGAGGAACUUGAAGCAGCGGAGGCUGAGAUGAGGAAUGUGAAAAAUGGUGAUGUAGUGUAUGAAAGUGAAGACAACGGCAAUACGAACGACGUUAGGCGCCGUGUAUGAAAGUGAAGAUAAUGGCAAUGCGACGUUAGGCGCCGCGCGCGGGGGGUUACUCGUAGUAUCAAAAUUUAAGACAUGGUUGGUUAAAGAAAUGUAUAAUUCGUCUCACUUUUGUGUUCAGCCUUUUCUCACAACUAUUCAUAAUUUCCCCCUUUUUUUUAUAAUAUAUAGUGUAUUUUCUUGGAUGAUUAGUUUAAUUUAAUAUUGUGAAAUUAUGAAUAUAUAGUUAUUUUUGGGUUUUUUCUUACUGUUAUGUGGUGAUUGAAUUAGUGGUAUUCAAAAUAUAUUAGUGUUUUUUUGUCAAAAAAAUAAUAUAUUAGUGUUUAAUUAUUUUUUGAUAUAUUAUGCGAAACAUUUAGUAUAGUAGUCUUGUAUUAUUUGUCAUUUUAUUAAUUUUUUUAUAAGUUAUUAUUUGUCAUUUUAUAAUAUUGGUAAAUAUUUUUCACAUUUUUCAAUAAUAACACACUU